CUGGCCAACAUAUGAGACUUUUCUUCUUCACUCUUUCCCUUUGUGUGAUCUUUUUGGCUCUUGAUCAUCGUCUCCUCUGAUCGAUGGAUGACGAAUAUAUGAACUACGAGGAGGAGGAUGAGAAUUACUCGUUGGAUGAUGAUGAGCAGGAGGAUGAGAAUUACAACGAGGCAGAAGUCGAUGUGCAACACGUGACCUCGACAAAACCUACGAGCCAGGUGAUCCCAAAAAAAUCUCUAGUAGCAGCACAAAAAGAAUGUCUGGUUAGGGUUAUGGAAUUGUUAUCGGUUAAGGAGAACCAAGCUAGGACUCUUCUUAUUUAUUACCAAUGGAACGUUGAUAAGUUGUUCUCUGUGUAUAUUGAUCAAGGCAAAGAUCGUAUGUUUUCUUGUGCUGGUCUUACUGUUUUUGACCCUUCUUUAGUUACUUCAAAGAAGACGAUGAACUGUGAUAUCUGCAUGGAAGAUGAUUUACCAAGUGAUGUGAUGACGAGAAUGGAGUGUGGACAUAGCUUUUGCAAUGAUUGUUGGAAAGAACAUUUUACUGUGAGGAUUAAUGAAGGUGAAAGCAAAAGGAUUCGAUGUAUGGCUCAUAAAUGUAACGCGAUUUGCGAUGAAGAUGUUGUUAGGAAGCUAGUUAGUCCGGAAUUAGCUGAGAAGUAUGAUCGUUUCCUUUUUGAAUCGUAUGUGGAAGAUAACAAUAUGGUGAAGUGGUGUCCAAGUAUACCGCAUUGCGGGAGUGCGAUACGAAAAAUCGAAGAUGAUGACGACGUUGAGGUUGAAUGUUCAUGUGGACAUCAGUUCUGUUUUAGUUGUCUGAGUGAGUCUCACUCUCCUUGCUCUUGUUUGAUGUGGAAGCUAUGGAAAAAGAAGUGUGAAGACGAGUCCGAGACGGUUAAUUGGAUAACGGUUAAUACGAAGCUGUGUCCCAAAUGUUGCAAACCUAUUUCAAAACAAGAUGGUUGCAAUCUCAUGACUUGUAAGUGUGGGCAGCAUUUUUGUUGGCUGUGUGGUGAAGCUACUGGAGCAAGUCAUACUGUGCAGAGUAUUGCCGGUCAUAGUUGUGGUCGGUACAAAGAUGACAAAGUAAGGCAAAUGGAGAGAGCCAAAAGGGAUUUAGACAGGUAUACGCAUUACCAUUACCGCUACAAAGCACAUACCGAUUCUUUAAAGCUCGAGGUUAAACUUAGGAAGAGUAUCCUUGAGAAGGCAGUGUCAAAUGCUGAAACCAAGGAUCAACAAGUGUUUAAAGAAUACAGCUGGGUUAUAGAUGCAGUCAACCGGUUAUUCAGAUCACGACGGAUUCUUUCGUAUUCUUAUCCUUUCGCGUUCUAUAUGUUUGGUGAAGAGUUGUUCAAAGAUGAGAUGAGUGACGAAGAGAGAGAGAUGAAGAAGAAUCUGUUUGAAGAUCAGCAGCAACAACUUGAAGGUAAUGUUGAGAAACUUUCUAAGAUUUUAGAAGAGCCUUUUGAUGAGUAUGAUCAUGAGAAAGUUGUGGAUAUGAAGAGACACCUCAACAAUUUGAGUGUUGCGGUUGAUACACUCUGCAAGAAAAUGUAUGAGUGCAUUGAGAAUGAAUUACUAGGUCCAAUACAAUUUGGAAUCCACAACAUUGCACCUUACAGAUCAAAGGGAAUAGAACAAGCAACUGAGUUUUGUGCUGAAAUAUGCCAAACUUAGGAUUGUGGUUCAAGCGGAUCUUCGUAGAAUAAGAAAUUGUUUUAGUUAUCGUAGUUUAUCGUUUUUAGUAGCUUUUGUUUCAUAAACAUAUUAUGCAGCAUAGAAGAGAAAAAUAUUUUGGUUAUUUGCGUUAUGGUUGGUUCUUGCUUGUCUCUUCUUCCUCUCAUUCUUUGUUAGAAAGGUCAUUUUUCUUGGCUUGUCAGCCAUUUGGUGGUGCAACAGGCGGUGUGGAAAGUGGCGGGUGACUAACUUUGUA